AUGCCCAAGAUCGACGUCGCCCCCGAGAAGAAGGAGGUCAACCCCCUCAACCCCCAGGGCCUCAAGCCUCUUCCUGUAUUCGAUGUCUUCGCACAAGGACACCACAACGGCGCAGACGACGAAGAGGAGCAGAAGCUGGAGUUGACCAAUCGAGCUGACGACCCCAGGUGCUGCGCGUGCCCCGAGACCAAGUCAAAACGCGACGACUGCUUCAUCAAGUUCUCCGCCGAGGAGGCGCCGACCAAGUGCGCUGACCUCAUCGAGGCGCACAAGGCGUGCAUGCGCGGCUACGGCUUCAAGGUCUAA